GAUUCCCAGAACUUCAAAGUUCAGGUACUGUACUGCAAUUUACCCUACUUACGAUCGGCGUCUCCCUCGGCCCCGGCCAGCGACUCGUCGUCGCUUCCCAAACCCUAGCUCCGCCAACCAAACUUUCAUCUUCGUUUCGAUUCACUCACCAUUUUCAAAGAUGAGGCCAAGAACAGCUAAUCAUGGUAUCUGGACACAUUCCGAUCCCCGCGGCUUCCAUUUCGUGCUCAUUUACGUAACCGCGUCGUCGAGCCGCGCAAGUCCUCGCAGUCGGAUGUUUAAAUCUUAUUUACUAAUUUGUUUUCGUUGUCCAUUCGUUGUUCGCAUCCCAUGGCGGAUCCUGUGACUACUGCCGCCGCCGCCGUCGACAUUGCCGACCAUAUAUUGCCGCACAUACGCGCAUGCAUCGAAGCCAUCGGACUGCUGUCCUUUCUCAACUUUCAAGAGAGGCAGAGCUCCCUUCAGCAGGCCGUCGAGGAUUUGCGCGACUUGGAGAGGAAGAUUAAGUCGGAGGUUGCGGCCGAGACAAACCGGCUGAAGGACUGCCCUCCCGAAGUCGAACGGUGGCUGAACCGCGCAGCGGAGUUAUUGGAAGAGACUAAGCGAUUCGUUGAAGAGAAGGAUGAAGAGACCGGGGGAAGCGAGUUGGCGAGAUGCUGGUGCCUCUGCGCCUGCUCUGCGAAUCUCCUCCGGCGUUGUCGGCUUUGCUACCCAAUCGCGGGGAAGCUGCAGGAGGUGAAUAAGCUGAUUGACGCGGGGAAGCGACUUGCGACGGCAGGGCGCGAGCCGGAGCCCGGCUUGGUUGAACCGAGGCCAAGGAUGCCGACCUUCGGCAUGGAGGGGAUGCUGAAGGAACUCCGCGGCUACUUUGAAGACGAUGAGAGGAGGAUCAUCGCGGUGUGGGGACAAGGGGGCAUCGGGAAGACGACGCUCCUCAACGAGCUCAACAACGAGCUCGAGAGUAGGGCCGGCGAUUUCCAUGUGGUGAUCAUGCUCACGGUGUCGACGAACAGCAUCGCCGACGUCCAAAGGAAGAUCUCUGACCGACUGGCGCUGCCUUGGAAGGAGGGCGAGGAGGAGGAGGCUCGAGCCAAUUUCCUCGCAAAAGUGUUGGGAAAAAAGAAAUUUGUGAUCCUACUCGACGAUGUAAGAGAGAAAAUUCUGUUGAAGGAUAUGGGAAUCCCAGUACCCGACGCGACGAACAGCAGUAAGAUCGUUCUCGCGUCGCGGAACAAGCAAGUUUGCUGUGAAAUGGGUGCCCAGAGAAGCUUGAUCAUGAUGAAACUUUUGGACGACGAGGCCUCGUGGAAUCUUUUCCGAAGCAAAUUAAGUGACGAAGCUAUAGAUGCCAUAAAUCAUAAGAAAAAUGUCGAAACAUACGCCGAUGCUAUCGUCCAAAGCUGCGACGGCCUGCCGCUUGCGCUCAGUGUCAUCGGAACGGCGGUGGCCGGGUUAAUGGCCGAGGGAGAAUGGGGAUAUGUGGUGAAGGCAACCAAAUCCAAGCCACAAAAAAUAGAUGGUGUCAAUGAGAUGUUCCAUCAGCUCAAGUAUAGCUAUGACAGGCUCGAUCGGACGCUGCAGCAGUGCUUCCUCUACUGCACGCUUUAUUCGGAUCACGACUCGAUCAAAAGAGACCAACUUGUGGACUAUUGGAUGGCUGAGGGUCUGAUACACAACAACGCCGGCAGAGGCCAUCACAUCAUUGGUAGGUUGAUCUCCGCGUGCCUGCUGCAGAGCGGGGACUCUGAGUCGGACGUGAAAAUGCACAACAUAGUCCGGCAAUUUGGCUUGUCCCUGGCGAAACAAGAAGGAAAGUUCCUCGUAAAGGCAGGCAAGGGUUUGAAGGAAGCACCUGCCGCUGAUCAGUGGAAAAAAGCUACACGGAUAUCCCUCAUGUCCAACAAGAUCAAGAACCUUGAUAUCUCGCCAGAUUGCAAUGAUCUCCUGACCUUGCUGCUUCAGAAAAACUCAAAAUUAGAAAAGCUAGGACCCAAGUUCUUUAUAUUUAUGCCCAAUCUCAGAGUUCUAGACCUUUCUCAUACAGCCAUUACAGAGCUCCCAGAAUGUGAUAAAUUGGUCAGUUUGCAGUAUCUCAAUCUAGCCUACACGCGCAUCACUGAACUGCCUCAGAAGCUAAGGGUUCUGCAAGCAUUGAGGCAUCUGGAUUUGAGUGCUACCACAGCACUCAAGAAUACAAAUGAUAAUUGCUCGAAGCUGCUCAGGCUCAGAGUGCUAAAUCUUUUUAGGAGCGAAUAUGGGAUCAAUGAUGUGAAUGACCUCAACUUAGAUGGCUUAAGUAUGCUCUGGUUUCUCGGGAUCACCAUAUACAAGGAGGAUGUUCUGAAGAAACUAAAGAAGAAGCAUCCAUUGGCGAAGUCAACACACCGCUUGAGCCUCAAGUAUUGUGAAGGCAUGAGCUCGAUUCAAGUUUCAAGCUUCGAGCACAUGAAGCAUCUUGAGGAGAUCUACAUCGAAUCGUGCAAUGGCUUGAAGGAGCUGAUAGCUGAUGCUGAUGCGGGAAGCACUACUCACUUACAGGUUCUCACCCUUGCUGUUCUCUCCAAUCUGGAACGUAUUUCGGUGGGGCCGGCGCCCCAUCACUUCCAAAGCCUUCGGGAUUUAACCAUCGUGAGGUGCCACAAACUGGACAACAUCAGUUGGGUUUUGUGGCUCGAGUCGCUCGAAAGGCUUGUCAUAUCCCACUGCUAUGGGAUGGAAUAUAUUGUGCAAGAGGCAUCCACGGAGACACAAACAAUGAACGGUGUGUCGACAUCUCAACAGAAUGAAAUAGAAGAAGCCGUAACAGAUAUGGGGGCAGAUUCGGUGAUACAGUCCUCAGAGUUCCCGAAGCUGAGAUCCGUAAUUCUAAAUGAUCUGCCGAAAUUGCAGAGCAUAUGUUGUGCGAGGAAUUUCUCAUGCCUCGAAAGCAUCAGGGUAGAGGGCUGUAAAAAUCUGAAGAGGCUCCCAAUAAGCCGCACCUACAGGAUUGAGAAACUCAAACAGAUUUGCGGUUCUGAUGAGUGGUGGAGGACGAUCGAUUGGGAAGACGAGAACAUGAGAGCCGGUAUGCAUGACUACUUCAUCCCAAUUUGAGGAACAAGCGCGGCAAGAACGUGUGUCGCAUAACUCAGGCGGAACCUGUCAUUGCUAUGCUCUGCCUUUUUACUGUAUAUUGUGUAAUAAGGGACUUCACCCUUUACCAUAGGGGUGAAUGUUUGUCAAUUAGGAAUAAGUCAUAGUGUAAUUGUAUUCACAUUUUUUAUUACAUUUGGUAAAUGAUUGAUGUUUAUAGUUGAGAAAUAAAUAUGAGAAUCUUUGUUAUUCCACUUGAUGCA